AUGAGUGACGUUGGGAAGGCCAUCAAGUCCAACCGGAAUUUUGCAACGGCUCACCACGACCUUUUGAUCCCCGUGAGAUGCAAGGCAACUGGUAAGCUCGAGUUCAUUGCUGCGCAAUGUCGUUAUGGACAGAAAAAGGAUGCAGACGGCCUGAAGUUGCAGGACAAGGCGAAGAAGGACAACUUUGAGGAAAUGCAAAAUGUGUUGCUGCAGAUUUGCAGUGAGUCUGAAGGCUGGCAGUCCUUUACAAACAAGACAUGGGCCAGACGUCAGGAGGAGAAGAAAUACUCUCUCAUGAGUUGCGAGACUAUCAUUGCGCAGCUGGACGUGCUGAGGCUUUUGUGA